AUGAGACUCUGUCUAGCUGUUCUAGUCCUUUUUGUGGCUGUUCAUUGCCGUAAGGUCUUCAUGGGGGACCAGGUUCUCAGAAUAAAUGUAGAAUCUGAGGAGCACAUUCAUCUCUUGAAGGAGUUAGAAGAUGAUCAGAGGUGGGAGCUGGACUUCUGGACUCAUCCUGUCUCCACUGAGCUGCCUAUUGAUAUCCAUGUGCCAUAUUCCAGUCUACAUGUCACUAAGGACUUCCUUCAAGACAACAAGAUCCCAUUCUCUGUUAUGAUCAACAAUUUACAGGACCUCCUGGAUGAGGAGCAGGAAGAUCUACAGAUUAAUAACAUAAAGGAGUGUAAUGCAAAGAGCUUUGACUUUGGAGCAUACCACACACUGGAGGCAAUCUACAGUUGGAUGGACACCCUAGUGUCUGAUUAUCCCAAUCUGGUUUCCAAAAUGCUGAUUGGCACCUCCUAUGAGAAUCGUCCUAUGUAUGUGCUAAAGUUCAGUACUGGUGGGACCAAACGGCCCGCUAUCUGGGUUGACGCAGGAAUACACUCCAGAGAAUGGGUUUCCUCCGCCUCCACUGUCUGGAUGGCUAACAAGAUGGCAACAGAUUAUGGUGUUGAUUCUUCUGUGACCUCACUUCUGGACCAAAUGGAUGUCUAUUUGAUGAUUGUAAACAACCCUGAUGGAUAUGUCUACACCCAUACCAAUGUAAGCAGCUUUAGUCGAAUGUGGCGCAAGACUCGCUCUAAGAACCCUGGCUCUGUAUGUCGAGGUGUUGACCCUAACCGAAACUGGGAUGCUGGAUUUAGUGGCCCUGGAGCCAGUAAUAACCCAUGCUCUGAGUCCUACCAUGGCCCUCAUGCCCAUUCUGAGAUUGAGGUGAAGAAUGUGGUGGAUCUCGUUAGGAGUCACGGGAACUUUAAGGCUUUCAUCUCCAUCCAUGCCUACUCCCAACUCCUCAUGUACCCCUAUGGAUAUGUCUGUACCAGCAUUCCUCAUCAGGCUGAACUGGAUUCUGUGGGAAGAUCUGCUGUGCAGGCUCUCAGCUCUCUCUAUGGAACCAGUUACAAAGUUGGCAGUAUUUGCAAAAUCAUCUAUCAAGCCAGUGGUGGAAGCAUCGACUGGUCCUAUGACAUUGGUAUCAAGUACUCCUUUGCCUUUGAGCUGCGUGAUACUGGUCGCUAUGGUUUCCUCCUACCUGCCAGUCAGAUCAUCCCAACUGCAUCUGAGACCUGGCUGGGGCUUAAGUAUAUAAUGGAAUAUGUGCGUGACCAUCCUUACUAG